AUGAAUUGCAGGGCAGAAAGGAGGAAGGAGGAAGGAGAGAGAAGACAGAAGGCUUCGUUUGCCAAAAGUGGGAUAAAGGUUGAAAUGGAAGAAUUGUAUGCGUCCCCACAGUUGAAAUGCUGUUAUUUGAAGAUGGAGGAGAGAGGUGGGGUGGUGCGGCGGUGGUGGGGUGGUGGAAAGGAGAGGAGGGUGAUUGAGAUCAAUCCACAACUAUGUUUGGGAUUGUAA